UCGCAGCUUCUUUCCUAAAGCUGCCAGAAUCAUCAACAUUCUGUUAUCAAACCACCACACGAAACACCCAAAGACAAUUUUUACAAACAUUUAGUCAUUAUCAAUGUUAUGUUCCCCCCUCCCCUAAUGUGGUAUGUUCACUUGACUAUACACAGUAUUUCCCAAGAACAGUAUAGUGAAGAUAAAGACAUUCCAACCUGAAUGAAAAAGGGUGUGAUUAUAUAUGUUAAAAAUGGCACGCAUGGAACAAUUAAGAAUGUUAUGGUAAUUAAAACAAUGCGAGAAAAAAAUAGGAGUGUUAUGAUGAUGGGGGGGCGUUUUUUGGGCAUGUACAUACGACUUAUGACAUUGGCGAUUCCAAUGUGGAUGGUACAUGCAGGUGAGAGGGUACCAAAUAUCGGGGAGGGGGGGCUUCCGCUGUGGCAGCUCCACCCCCUACGGGGGGCGUAUGAUCCGUGCACGCGCAUCGUUGUUGUGAGGUGGCGUGGACAUGUCCAUGCACACGUGCCCGCCUUCUUUGUCCCCCCUUCAUGGCCACAACCGGGAACGGCAAGCUGCCCCAACGGCCGCCUUUGUCGUUUCCGAGCGGCCCUUGAAGUACUCUCGUCUCGGCGUCCAGACGUCUCGCCGCUCGGUCUCUCCCCCGCUACGGUUUUCGUCUUCCCUGCCCACCUGGAAGAUGUUUCAGGUUCGCUUCGGGGUUCUCCUGGCUCAGCCGCUUUGUCGGGUGUUUUUCCCGUGUGUUUAGGUUUUCGGCAACACCGCCCACACCUCUUUUGUCCCAUCCCAAGUGGAGCUCCAUGCCGGACUUCUUUUGUCAUCAUGUCCCCAGCAUCGGCCGCAGCGGCCGGUGAAAGCAGCACCUGUACCGUCGCCCCCGAAGAGGAGCCGGAGCCGGAGCCGGGCAGCCCCAGACUUGAGCUGCGGCCUCGCAAGCAGUCCCUGCUGAAGUCCUUGUGUCAGAAGACGCAGUGGAAAUGUCUGCUGCUCUCCCUGCUCAUGUACGGCUGCGUGGGAGCCACGGCCUGGUGCCAGGUGACCACCGUCACACGCCUCUCCUUCGACAGCGCCUACAAGGGGAAGUCCAUGAUGUACCACGACAGUCCCUGCUCCAACGGCUACGUUUACAUCCCUUUGGCCUUCCUGGUCAUGCUCUACGUGGUCUACCUCGUGGAGUGCUGGCACUGUUACACCAGGAACGAGAUGCAGUACAAAGUGGACGUGGACAAUGUGGCCGAGCGAGUGGAGAGGAUGAAGCAGGCCACGCCGUGCAUCUGGUGGAAGGCCAUCAGCUACCACUACGUGAGGAGGACGCGGCAGGUGACGCGUUACCGCAACGGAGACGCCUACACCACCACUCAGGUCUACCACGAGAGGGUCAACACGCACAUGGCCGAAGCGGAGUUUGACUACGCGAACUGCGGGGUGAAGGACAUCUCGAAGCACCUGCUGGGCCUGGAGCGCUUCGCUAUCACCAAGCUGAGGUUCACCAAGUGCUUCAGCUUUGCUAACGUGGAGUCGGAGAACUCUUACUUGACACAGAGGGCCAGGUUCUUCACAGAGAACGAGGGCCUGGACGACUACAUGGAGGCCCGCGAGGGGAUGCACCUGAAGAAUGUCGACUUUAAGGAAUACAUGAUUGCCUUCGCCGAUCCGCGACACCUUCCCUGGUACGCGUCGCAUUCCGCUUUCUGGACCGCGGCGGCCUUGACUCUCUCCUGGCCUUUACGGGUGCUGACGGAAUUCCGAACCGCCUGCGUCCACUACCACGUGGAGAAGCUGUUCGGCUUCGACUACGUGCCGCUGACUCCUUCCGAGGAGCGUCCUUAUUGCAGGCACAUCCCGCGGGUCAACACCGUGGACAGCACGGAGCUGGAGUGGCACAUCCGCUCCAACCAGCAACUGGUCCCCAGCUACUCCGAAGCGGUUCUCAUGGACCUGGCCCAGCUCUCGGGCAGCUGCCACAACUACUCCGUUUGUCACGGCUACGGCAGCUACAGGCAGAACUGCCAGCGUUGCCACCGCGCCAUCAGCAGCUCCUCCAUCUUUUCUCGCAGCGCCCUGAGCAUCUGCAACACGGCCAGCCCGCGCCUGCCCUUCAGCGCCAGUCGCUUCUCGCUGGGGCGUCUGUACGGCUCCAGGCGAAGCUGCCUGUGGAGGAGCAGCGGGAGUCUGAACGAGCCCCCGAACCGCCCCACGGAAAGCACGCGCUGCCUGUCGGGCCAGCAGAGCGGCGAGGAGAGCCCGCCGGCAUACCAGGAUGCUCUCUACUUUCCCGUGCUUAUCGUGCACAACAACGAAGGCUGCCUCAAUCACAACCAUCGCUCCCUGCACAGAAACGGCUCUUGCGUGGAGACUUCGCUAUGACCCCCGGACAGGGAUUAUGCGGGAAAAACAGAACUGAUUUUUUUUUUGGGGGGUGUCUAGCACACUAAUGUGCUCCCAACAUUGGUUGCGAAUCACUCAACAGGCAUGUUUCAACUUAUCCGUCACACACAUGUAAAAAAAAAAAGUUUACAGGAAAACGUAUGAACUAAUUCUGUAACGUCCGUCGUCGGGGUUCAGCGAACGGACGCCUGAGAUUUCAGAGAAAAAUCGGAAACAAAUGGAAUGCCGGAACGACAAAAGCCGGCGCGACAUCAAAACGUUUUCUCUUCAAGCCUGAUAGCGAAGCUGAAAUAACCCAUUAGCAGAAAUGGCUGGGCUGCGAUGACAUUACACUUCCUGGCUUGGUAAAUAUAGCAACACGGAUUAUUAAUAAUUCAGCAGAGGAGCGCCAAAGGACACAAGCACUACAUUCAUUUUUUUUCAAGGCUUUCACACUGGCUGUAAAUGUUGUAUAAAUGCCAAUUAGACACCAUUAAAAGCUUGUCAUGUCUGAACUCUGUCAAACUAGUUACAUGUUGACUUUUAAUACUUGGCAAUAUUAUUAUUAUUAUUCAGCCUACCUCUUUAAGUGCCUAGCAAUUCAACCAUUACCAACAAAACAUUUUCCCCUCUUUCCUCCAAAUCAAGUUUACACUUGGGUGUGUCUGUGUGCAUGUCCUCUUUUUAUUGUUUCAACUACAAUGAUUUUUUUUUCUGCCUUCCUGAUGGUGAAAUGGAGCUGCGGCAAAGCUGGAUGCUGUGGCAGCUGCUGAUGCAUAUCAGAGAGCUGGAUCUCAAAGACGCUGAAAAUAGGCGAGGGAGGGGGUUGGGGGGGUUGAAACUGCACUCGCUACUGAUAUUGUCACAUGUAAUAAUACGAGAAGAUGGCUCGAAAGAACUGAGGGCUCCGAUGCCGUUGUCAGGCCGAGGGAGUGUUCAUGAAAAUCGGGAGUGCCGCAACUUUUCAAACGGAUAUGAAGGAAGACAUCGCUCUCGGGGUGAAGAUGAGGUUGAAUGAGAUUGAGCCGUUAAGUCCGUGAAAAGCAACAGAUGAGUACUGCAUCCACGUGACCAAGGACAUGCAGUUAUUAGCAUUUUUUAAAAAAUGGAACACUGUGUAUAUACCAUAACGUGAUUUAAUAUGUAGAUUGAAACUGUGUGCGGAAUGAAAAAGUUGCAUUAUUUGCAAAAGUGGCUAUUGGGUUAUUCAAGGUAUGUUUAAAGUUAAGAUUAUUUUUUUAAAUUCGCGUUACAUAAUAGCCCAUUCAUGAUUUCUGUAUUGAUUUUUAAGGAAAUAGCAUGUCGUAAUAAAAACAGUGAGAGGGUGUAAACAAGUAAUCACAUCUACCGAUCGUUUCCUUGCUUGAUUUUAUAUUGUUAUAAAUGUAUUUUUUCCCCCCAGCUCUAACCGCUUACACUCUUCUCAGAUGACUUUCAAAAACAUGUUGGGGUGUGUUUGUGUCCUCCAGAAAGGACGAGAGUUUCGCCACGCGUACGUUUACAAGAAUCAGCGUAAGGGUAUUUCAGCCAACGAUAUGCUUGCAUUUUUUUUAUACGUACAGACGCCAUGGCCAAGUCGUGCUUCAAGCUGUAAUGAGCUACAGGUAUACCAAACUAUCUACUGGAACAGAACGGCUCCAUAAAAGACUGGAAAAUGAUAUUAUGACUGUUAGUAAACGCACUGAACCCGUUUCCAUGUAAUAACUCCCCUUUGAUUGUUUUUUGUCAAGUGUUCAGGGCAGUUUGUCUUUUUUAUUGAAUGCUGUACUCUUGUCUGGAGACUGUCAGGCUUACUCUGCAUAAAACAAGAGGGGGCGGGGGGGGGGGGGGCGGACAACCGGGCUAAAAUAAAAGCGUCACUUACAAGAG